AAGUUCCCAAAUCCUAACCCUGGUGUAGAUGGCCCCACGUGAUAUGUACCAUGAGGCUGGCUAGAUCUUAACUCGAGGCGGGAGCUCUCUGCAACGAUGUCUCGGUUGUUUUUCACGGUGCGAUUAGUAGAUUGUUGCAACAGUUUUCGUGCUAUCACAUUGAAAAAAAAUACUGAAAUAACAAAUUCUUACCGAUAAAAUAAUACCGAUACUUAUUCUAUGGACACAUAAAUCAGAAUAUUGAUAUCAUGCUGAGAAAAGGUACCGAUAGUUUGCCAAAUAUUCUUUUAUAUAUUUCAAGACGAAGACGGCCACAUAAACGUAAAGUCAGAACAGAUUGCCAUGUGACACAGAGGCGAUUAGUAUCAAAUGAAGCAAGAUGUCAAAAUAUGGAACACUUCGACCGGGAUUAUGUGAUGAAGGAAGAACAUCAAGAAGACACUUGCAUAAUAAAGGAAUUCAAUGAAGUUAUCAAGAACUCUUCAAAAAUUUCUCAUAUUAAGAAGACAGCUGGAGUGCAAAAAGUUUUGAAAUAUGAUUCAAAAUCCUCAGUUUUGAAAUCCCCUUCAAACAAUAAGCAGGAUCGAGCAUUUUUUGAGGAACGUUUUCAGAAUUACACCAUUGUAUUUUGCAACUACAUACAGGCAUGUCUACAUUCCGGCUUGAUAACCCGUGCACUAAAUUUGCUUGAUGAUAGAAUAAAAUCUUUGGAUCGGCCAGGAAUGCAACCAUCAAAAGCAGCAUUCGAACCGCAAGUCUACGACAUAAUUUUAAAUAGACUCGCCGCCAUUUCUCCUACAGCUACAAUUAAUUGUAAUUUAAUGCAAAAUACUAAAGAAUCACAUCCUCUUGACAUUAUUCGGCAACUUUUUAAUGUUAUGCAAAGAUUAAAUGUCAAGCCAUCACCUUCUGCUUAUGCUGCAGCUUUGGAAGCAAUGGAUAAAACACUGGGUCAAAAAAUGAUGAUCUCCCUUUGCUUGCGACAGAUUAAAGAAGAUGGAUAUACUUUGGAUGAAAUAAUUAGAUCGAGUAUACCAGGUUCAAAGUCUGCAAAAAAUGUGAGAAAUGCGAUUAAACAAGUAACCGAAAUGGAAUAUUUUUCAACGGCAUCUCAUCAAUCAAAUUAUGAUGUUGAGGAUGAAGAUAUACCUGUUUUAGUUGAAGAUAUAUAUAAGAAUGAGUGCAGCCCGAGUGCACUACAUCUUUCUUCAUCAAUGAAUUUUCAUACUAACUACAAUGAACAAAUUGAACUGGAAAAGAAUAGACUUCUUGAAGUGGAUAAUAUAUUAGAUUAUGGGAAUGAAUCGACUGAUCGUGCAAUGAAGAAACGCCUACUCAAUGAUCUAUUGAAUGAAUGGCGAAAAUCUUUACUUUUGAAUUUUCGAAGUUUGAAAAUGAGAGAAAGACUAAAACAUACCUUGCCAGGGAAGAAUGAUGACAAUAUGCCUGGUGCAGGAGCAAAAGCCUAUCCAUUUUUGUGCCUGUUACCAGAUGAAGAAUACAUUGAAAUUAUUAUCAAUCAUUUAUGUAGCACAAUAAAUGGAGGUGAUUUCACUGCUUUGACAAGUCACAAAUUGGGCAAAGAGGUUUAUCACAGGUUCCUAUUGCGCAGGAUUAAAGAUAGUGGUAUUUAUCCUAGAUUACAAACAGUUUAUAAAAAGUAUACAUCGUUAUACACUAAUCCACAAGAACAAUUAUCCACAUUUAUCCCAAGAAAAUUAUGGAUGGAGUUGGAGAAUAAAUAUGGUUUGACAAACUUGGAAGAAAAAGUUUUACCUUGGAAUCGAUACUGGGUUUUAACUGUCGGAAUGAAGUUAAUCGAAGUAAUGAACACUGUGACAUUCAUACCUCAGAAAUACUGGAGAACAGGAAUUUUACACUCUAAUGUAGAAAGAGUACCAGCCAUAUUUAAUUCUUAUGUUGUUCGUGGGAGAAAACAAUUUGGAAUGACAAUACCUCAUCCACAGUUCCGAGUUCUUUUGCGAGAAGGACUGGAUAAACUGAUAUUCGAAAGUGAAGUUGCUCCCAUGGUCGUUCCGCCCAGGCCAUGGUGUGGAAUAUCACAUGGUGGUCUGCUUGUUAAUCAAGUUGAAUUUGUACGAUCUGGUGCAGUGGAUGAAGAAUCUGAAGAAAACAUUAAGCAGUCAUCGGGUCUUGAAGAUAAAAAACUGGCGCCAGUAUUUGAUGCAUUGAAUGUGCUUGGAUCUGUUGCAUGGAUAUUGAAUAAGCCACUUCUCGAUCUUCAAAUAAAGUAUUUUCGAAAUAAUGGAAGCAAGGAGUUGAGUAUUCCACAACCUUCAAGUCAAAGUGAAGCUAUUCCUGAUUUAUCUUUGAUAUCACCAAAUGAAACAGCUAAAUACACCAAAGCUAGAGAAAAGGCGAUUGAAGUUCGAAAACAAAGGUGCGAGAUGCAUAGCCUUUUUAUGGAAGCAUUGUACAAGUUAUCUAUUGCAAACAUGUAUCGGGAUAAUAUUAUAUGGUUUGUUCAUAACAUCGAUUUUCGAGGAAGAUUUUAUCCAGUUGCAAGACAUCUCAAUUAUAUGGGAAGUGAUCUUUACAGGUCACUUUUCCUCUUUGCUGAGGGACGACCACUGGGAGAAAAUGGAUUAGACUGGCUCAAAAUUCAUUGCAUAAAUCUUACUGAAUUCAAAAAACAAGAUUGUAUAGAAGACAGACUUUCAUAUGCAAAUGAGGUUAUUCAUAAAAUAUUUGAUUCUGCUGACAAUCCUGAAAAGCCAGACGCAUGGUGGAAAACAUCUGACAAACCGUGGCAAACUUUAGCAGCAUGUAUUGAAAUAACAGCUGCCUGUAGAUCCCCGGACCACACCAAAUACAUAUCUCGGUUGCCUGUCCAUCAGGAUGGUUCAUGCAAUGGACUACAACAUUAUGCUGCACUAGGAAGAGAUGUUUUAGGAGCCAAACAAGUGAAUUUGUCUCCAUCAAUUGUUCCUCAAGAUGUAUAUACUGGUGUUGCUGAUAAAGCAGAAGAACUUCGAAAAAUUGAUGCUGAGAAUGGUCAUGCCAUUGCAAAUUCUUUAGAAGGAUAUGUUCGACGUAAAAUUGUUAAACAGACUGUAAUGACCACUGUUUAUGGUGUAACAAGAUAUGGUGGAACACAGCAAAUCAAAAAGCAGCUUGCUUAUUUAGAGGAUGAAUUUCCUCGAAGUGAAAGUUUCAGAGGCGCUAAUUAUCUUGUUGAUAAAGUGCUGAACAGUAUUGAUGAAAUGUUUUCCGGGGCAAGAAGCAUACAAGCCUGGCUUACACAGAUUGCGGAUGUAGUUAGUAAAUUGGGUUACCCAGUUGACUGGAUAACUCCACUCAAUAUGAAUGUAGUGCAACCUUACUACAAACAGACAUCAAAAUUCAUUUUAUCGCCUGUACAACGUCUACAAGUCAAUGAAAAUGUGUUGAGUUUGCCAUGUUCAAGAAAGCAAAGAAACGGAUUUCCACCCAAUUUUAUUCAUUCUCUGGAUUCUACACAUAUGAUGUUAACUGCAUUAUACUGUUACAGAGAAGGAGUCACAUUUGCAUCAGUACAUGACUGUUUCUGGACACAUGCGUCUUCCAUUGAAACUAUGAGUAAAAUUUGUCGGAAGCAAUUCAUAGCACUUCAUUCUCAACCUAUUUUGCACCAUCUUGCUAAUCACCUAAGAAAACAUCUGCCACAAAAUACUGAGGAAAGCACCACAACCCCACUGGAAGCCAAGCUGUUGGAUCUAUUAGAUAAUGUUCCCCAACAGGGACAUUUCGAUCUAAAUGAUGUUCAGGACUCUACGUUUUUCUUCAGUUAGCAAUUUCUCGCACUGAAUAAGUACUGCCAUAUAUUUUAUUAAAAUAUUGCUCUACAGAAA